AUGGCUAACAUACAUAAUGUGACUGAAUUCACUUUUAUGGGACUUUCUCUCAAUCAGGAGGUGCAGAAAGCAUGCUUUGUGCUAUUUCUGCUCUUGUACAAAGCAAUAGUGCUGUGGAAUUUCCUCACUGUGCUCACUGUCACGACCAGUAGAAGCCUUGGUUCCUCCAUGUACUUCUUCCUCAGCUGCCUGCCCUUUGUGGAGAUCUGUUACUCCUCUACUACAACCUCCAAACUCAUCUCAGAUUUGCUGGCUGAAAGGAAAUCCAUUUCUCUGUGGGGCUGCAUAACACAGCUUUUCUUUAUCCACUUCUUUGGUGGCACUGAGAUGUUCCUGCUCAGAGGGAUGGCCUACGACCACCGUGUGGCCAUCUGUGAGCCCCUGCACUGCACGAGCUUCAUGAACUGGUAUGUGUGUGCUCUCAUGGUGGAAGGCAUGGGUGGGGGCUUUGUGCAUCCUUCUGGCCAGAUCCUUUCAAUCCUCCACUCGCCUUUCUGUGGCCCCAGUGUGAUGGACCACUGCUUCUGGGACCUGCUUUCCCUGCUCUGAUACCUUCCUCGCUGGUUGCUGAUUGUUGCUAAUGGAGGGACCUUGUCUGUGAUCAGCUUCUUUGUCCUCCUGGCCUUCUAUGUGGUCAUCCUGCUCUAUCCAAGGAUGCGAAGCUCUGAUGGAUGGAGAAAGGCCCUCUCUUCCCGUGGGUCCCAUGUCGCCAUGGUUACCUUGUUCUUUGGGCCCUGCACCUUCAUCUGCCUGAGGCCUUCUACUACCAUGUCUGUGGACGAGAUGGUGGCCAUGUUCUAUGCAGCAAUCACUCCACUUCUCAACCCUACCAUCUGCUACCUGAGAAAUGCCAAAGUGAAGAAGGCCAUGAAGAGGCUGUGGGUCAGGACAAUGAAGCUAGAUGAGAAAUGGAGGCUGGGGUCUUGGUACUGA